AUACUUUCCGUACCCACUGUAGAUAAAAUGCUCUCUAUAAUAUAAAAGCUAAUCCAAUAAACUUUUAUAUUUGACUAACUCAUUCGAAGAAACUCCCACAUCGUUGAUUGGAUGCUUGUAGGCAGCAUCAUUCAGUGUCGCCACCACAAGAGGAUAUAAACUGAUGGUGACACACCCUGUAAGGGAUGGAAAGCCACAGAGCAGGAAAGUAAUUUUUUCUACCCUCAUUAGGUUGUGCAAAUGCAAUUUUCUGUCUGGGCAGUAUUCAAAAGGCAUCUAAGAAACGGUAAAGAAACUUGUAUGAUGGAUAAUGUUUCUGUUAUUAACAUGCUUACUCUGUCAGGGUUAAGCGGAACAAGAAAUUACAGAGUUACUCUGUUUGUUCUGACUUUACUGUGUUACUUUGUGAUUUGGCUAGUAAAUGUGACCAUUAUUGUGACAAUCAUUGUGGAUAAAACCCUUCAUGAACCCAUGUACAUCUACCUCUGUAAUCUGUGCAUUAAUGGACUUUAUGGGACUGUCGGGUUUUAUCCCAAAUUCCUCUGUGAUCUUCUAUCUGCCACUCAUGUUAUCUCUUAUGCUGGAUGUCUUCUGCAGGGUUUUGUGUUGCACUCUUCUGCUGGUGCUGAUUUUUCUAUUUUAGCUCUGAUGGCCUAUGACAGAUAUGUGGCGAUAUGUCGACUGUUGGUGUACCAUACUGUGAUGACUAAACAAAGGAUUUGUAUCUUCGUGUUUAUCGCUUGGCUUAUUCCCUUUUACUUGCUGUUCAUGAGCACAAUAACGACAUCAGCAUCGAGGUUGUGUGGCUCACAUAUCCCAAAGAUCUACUGUGUUAAUUGGUUGAUUUCUAAUCUAGCUUGCUCUGCCUCCAUAGCUAGAAUUAUUAUUCCAGCAUUUAACUAUACUUUUUACUUUGGACAUGUCAUUUUUGUUGUUUGGUCUUAUAUACAUCUCAUCAAAACAUGCCAGUCGUCCAAAGAGAACACAAGUAAGUUCAUGCAGACAUGUGUACCUCAUUUAUUCUCUUUAAUAGUUGUUGUUGGAUCUUUGCUCUUUGAUUUGUUAUACAUGCGCUUUGGCAGAAAAGAAUUAUCUCAAAAUGUGCAGAAUUUUAUGGCGAUGGAAUUUCUUGUCAUUCCCCCAAUUGUCAAUCCUGUCAUGUAUGGUUUAAAACUGACACAAAUAAGAAAAAGAAUUUUUAAAUUUAUAUGCAGUAGAAGUAGUUUAUAGAUCAAAGUCAUGAGAUUGCCCACAUUCUGUCUGUAUACAUAUGUGAUUUGGAGAGGAAAUGACACGUUGUUUCUCAGUUAAAAUCCAUUUUUUUAAAAUAUUUUGAAUCAUGAAUCUGUACCUGAUCAGAAAAUUACAGUUUGCUUCAUGCAGCCGUGUGUCACAAAAUAAUUGCAACAUGAAAAGCACUUUACUCGCUGUUAAAUGAUGCAUGUAUCUAAAACGUCUUUGUCUCUGUCAAAGAAAACAGCACACCCACAGAAUGCAUAGAAAACAGUGUCUGUCUCUGGGGUGUUGCCGUUAGACACACAACACUGAAAUGCACUCUGAAGAAACUGCUUGAAAAUCUGAUACAGUGAUUAAUUUACAGUUUUGUUGUUUUUGUCAGCUGUCUGAACACGAUACGUAUGCAGUGCUCUCAUACAAUGUAUUGGUAAAAUUUUAGAUAAAGAGGCCAUUCGGGCUGUAGAGACUAUGGACUGUAUUCACUGCAGCUCAUUUGUAAACAUUCAAAUCCUGUAAUUUGUGGAAAAGAUUGUGGAUGUUCAUUUGGUCAAUUUGAAUACAGUGUGUGAUCCUAAAAGCAAUCACCAUGUUGUACUACCUGGAAUUUGUUAAAAACAUGAAUUAGUAUGGUGCUCAUUGGUGUUAUUUUAUUUUUUAUAUCCCUUAUUAAUGCAACGAGGGGAAAUUCUAAUUUUCGCAUAUCCCCUCCAUCUGGGGUGUCAGAGCGCAGGGUCAGCCACGGUACAGCGCCCUUGGAGCAAUUAGGGGUUAGGGGUUAGGUGUCUUGCUGAAGGACACCUCGACAUGAGCACGACGGGCCGGGGAUCAAACUGCAACCCUCAGGUUGCGAGACAGCCGCUCUACCCACUGAGCUGUGCCGCCCCAAAUCAUGGUAAUUCUGGUUAGAAUUAUACAUGUUUACUCAAGAAUGUUACAUUUUCUUUUAAAAUGGCUUCUUUUUCCCUGGUUUGCAUUAUGAUUUGUUUUUUCCUGUGAAAAUAAAACUUCAUUCUCAAACAUUAUGCAGAUGUCUCCUUCUUUAUAUAUAUCAUGGUAGAGACUGCAAUUUGGUAGAAUUGGAGUUUGAUUGCUGGUAGAGAUUGCGA